GGCUGUCGAGAACAACUUGUUCAUGGCGUUGUUGCUUUUUAUUUUACUUUUCUUUCAUGACGAACUUGUUCAAGAAGUAGUUUACCGUGUCCAUCUUCUAUGAAGUUUAUCUCCUCGCCUUUUAAUCACUAUAAAAGAAACUCGAUGAGCCAAAGCUAGAGAGCCAACACACUUUGCUCACUGGUGGUUGGGUGGAUCCUGGGUGGGAUUUUUGAUAUGGCUUACAUACCUCCACACAAGCGGACUUCAAAGGAUUCAGAAAGAUCAAGGCCAACUCCAGAGUCACUUGUUCCCCACUUCAAGAGAAAUGUCACCUUGAGUAGUAACAAGAUUGUAUAUGCUAAUAAUGCAAUAUCUAAGUGGUUGGCUUUUGGUUUGGAUGAUGAUAAUCAACUUCCUUCAAAUGUUGAUCUUGAACCUGUUUCAGUUGAAUAUGUUGGAGAGAGACCACUAAUGUUGGUGAAUAGUAAUGUAAUUGAGAAUAAUGAAGUGGAAGGGAAGCGAUGGUUGUCUAUAUCAGAAAAUGUACUACCUGACUUACUCUGUUCUUUUGAAAUUUGGAAGGCUGAUUUGGAGCGUAAAGAUUUGGAAGAAGUAAUGAAGCCAACAUUUGUUGCUAGAAUUGGUAAAAUACAUUUCCGUGGGAGCGCGUUAGUGAGCUUAGAAAGUGUCAGGGGAAAUCAGGUUACAGAGACAACUUUGAGAAACUUGAAAAGAUCAUUUUGCACAAAUGUUCAUGCUUCAUACAUGGAAAAGAUUCUGCAUGAAGUUGUCCCAAAGAUUGGGCUUGAUUUUGAAGGAAAGAAGGAUAUUUACCACGUGAAGUUAUCUCAUUCCAGAAGGCCAACUGCAAUUAUAUCAUGCAAAUGUAGCUUAAGGGAAGGUGAAGCAAAACUUGAGCUAAAGAAGGUGGAACUAAACCAAGAGCGUUACAUGGUUGAAGACAUAUCUUGCCUUAAUAAGAAUCUAGACUUGAGGUUGAUGCUAUGCACCAGGAGGAUCUUAACUUCUCUGACUGAGGGUGAGAUGAAUUGCAUUAAAAAUCUGAUUGAUUCAGCAGUUUUAGAUCCGGGCAUAAAGGGUGGGUUGAGAUGGCCCAUGGGAAAGUCGUCCCAUGGUUAUGGUGAUAAUAAAUGCACUGUUGUCGGUGUUUGGCACACAAUAGCCACUACAUAUCAAAGUCCAUCACUGAGGCUCAAGCUAAGAACUGCAGACCGAUUUGAUUUCAGGAGAGCAACUGGGGAAUCUACAAGUGAGGUUACCUUGAAGUUAAAAGGAAUUGCAUCAGGACUGCAGGGGCAGAAGGGCGAAACAACUUCGAUAUCUGAUAUGCUUAAAGAUGACUUAAAGUUGAUAUGGGACAACUUCUUGGACCAUGAGAUGAAGGAAUAAGCUUGGCAAUAUCCCUCCCUCAAGUAUUUGCUUCUGAUGUAAAAAAAUAUCAAACCCAGAAUUAACAGUAUUGCCAAUCUGAAAUGUUUUGUCUUUUGGUUGCGUUUGCUGAUCCGAAAUGUUUGGUGAAACUUGAAAUGUAGCUGUGUGAUGACUUUUGUUGUUGAAUGAAGGAAUGUCUUGUCACGUUUACGGAUCUUUCUCAAUGUCUAAUAUAUGCUCAAUUUUCGC